CGGAUUGUUUUGCUACGAAAAUAAUGUCUACAAGCCUUCAACUAUCAGAUGGAAGCUCUAAAAGUUUGCUGCAAUAUUUGGAGCCUAGGUUGAGAUUCCAACUCUCGAAUCAAUGCCCAGCCCUUCAAAAUAUCGAACUAGAAGUUCCCAUGCAUAUUGAGCGAUUGGAUAUAAGCGAAUUUGGCGUUGAAAUUAAUCGCACUAGCUACGCAUUUCAAGUUAAGACCGACGAAGAGAUUGACCAAACCUUUGACGUUGACGAAUUUGGUAUGAUAGACUACGAUCUUGUCGUGGAUCAGAAUCCCGAUACAAUUCUAUUAGAUAAUCGAGACCCCUCCAACAUGCAUCUUGAACUAAGCUAUGAGCUCCAAUUACUACAGAACGAAUAUGACAGAAUUGAAGGUCUAAACGGAAAUGAUGGAAUUGAGGAUAUUGAAGGACUAGCUAAGGCUCGGGAGGCGCUGGAAAAACGGAAAACCCGAUAUCAAUUCAAAUAUCUAAAAUUGAUGGCUCGCGAAAUGGGCAUCAAAUCUCAAAUAUCAAUUGCUCGUGAGCCACUUGAUCAGCACAUUAGAUUCAGUAUCAAUUCGCCGGAUAGAGUCCCUCUUUAUGAAGAACAUCUUGCCUAUAACAAGAAGAUCCAUGAAGCACAGAGAAGCCUUCUGGAGAAACUAUUCGUUGGAAGACCCACAAUUUGUGUGAAGAGCUUGUUCAUUGAUUCUUGUUUUAUAGUUUGUAUUCCCAAGAAUAUGCAGUUCAAAGUUAAACAUUUAAGUCUCAGUUGCAAUAAUUUUGACGAAGAUCUCAACGCGAUUCGUCCUCUACUUCACGUUUCAAGCUUCCCACUGGAAUCUAUCGAAGUCUAUGGAAAAUGGGAUUCUCUUGACCCUAUUCUUAAAACUUGUGGAGUUUUAUAUUUUCCCGGUGGUUGUAAGAUAGAAAAGUUGUUAAAACUUCAAAAUUUCCAUCGAAAAGUUCAUGUUAAUAUCUUCGACGCAUUGAAGCAACUUCCUCCAAGUGUAAAGAGUUGGCUCGAAAAUAGGCAAGAGAUUGGUACGGAGUACACAUUUGACAUCAGUAACGAGGAUCAAAUAAUUUUAUUUUUGGAUGAGAUGAAGGAGUCCAAUGCGGAUAGAAUUGUCGAUGAAGCUGAACUUCAUGUCAAACUUCGGAUGGACAAUUCCACGGAGCUUUACAUCAGUUAUGACCCUGCAAGAGACAAUGUCGGGAGGAUGAAAAUGAAGUUCCAAGUUCAAUAAUUCAAUUAAAUAAAUCUACGUAAUUGUUGCUAAUUUCCUGACUCUUCGCCGAGUCUUUGUAAUAAAUAAACUUAAUUUCUACCAAAU